AUGGCUGGAGGAAACGACAGGAGCGUGAAGGCCCUGAAGGAGGUGUGGAGAAGAGCGGAAAACUCUCUGUGCGCAGACUGCGGGAAGCCAGAUCCUGACUGGGCAUCCUCUACCUUGGGUGUCUUUAUAUGCCUCAGCUGCUCAGGAAUUCACCGCAACAUCCCUAGCAUCAGCAAAGUCAAGUCCCUGAAGAUGGACUACUGGGACGAUGCUCAGGUGCAGUUUUUGGCCAAGCAUGGGAAUGCUGUGACUAAAGCCACGUACGAAGCUCACAUCCCUAUUUACUAUUACCAGCCGACCUACAAUGACUGCCAAGUGCUGAGAGAACAGUGGAUACGGGCCAAAUAUGAACGCAAAGAGUUCACCGAGCCUGGCAAACAGCUUCCAUAUUCUGAUGGGCUGAAGGAAGGCAUUCUCUGGAAGCGAGGCCGAGACAACGGGCAGUUCCUACCCCGCAAGUUCCUCUUGUCUGAGAGAGAGGGAUGUCUGAAGUAUUUCACCAAGCAGGAUGCAAAAGAACCCAAAAUCAAUGUUAAAAUAGAUGUCAUCAAUGCUACGUUCCAGCCAGUGAAGAUUGGGAACCCCAAUGGCCUGCAGAUCACCUAUCUCAAAGACAACAAGACCCGGAAUAUAUUUGUCUACCAUGAAAGUGGAAAGGAGGUAGUGGACUGGUUCAAUGCCAUUCGCUCUGUGCAGUUCCAUUAUCUGAAGGUAGCAUUUCCCAUUGCCAGCGAUAAUGAGAUUAAAAAUCGACUGACAAGAAACUUCCUGAAAGAGGGAUACAUGGAGAAGACUGGUCCCAAGCAGAGAGAGGCGUUUAAGAAGCGCUGGUUCACGCUGGAUCACCGCAGGCUCAUGUACUUCAAGGAUCCUUUGUUGAAGGGCGAGGUGUUUGUGGGCAGCAAAGAGAAUGGCUAUAGCGUCCAGAAGGGAUUGCCUUCAGGGACACAGGGCAACUUCUCUUGGCACUAUGGCCUCACCAUUGUCACCCCCGACCGGGAAUACCUCUUCACCUGCGAGACGGAGACUGACCAGCUGGACUGGAUCGCAGCCUUCACUAGUGUCAUCAACCAGGCCAUGACACCACAGGAAUAUGCAAUUGAAGCCUACUUCAAGUUUAAAUCCUAG